AUGCGUUCGAUCCUGCUGCUGCUGCUGCCAGGAGCCGUGGCGGUGCUCAUGCAGGAUCCAGGCACGACGCUCGUCACGGCGACGACGGGCGAGAACAGCUCGCUCACGCUGGCGUGCGCCGGCCCCAAGGCCGCAAUGACCAAGAUCCUCUUUGCGUCCUACGGCACGCCCACAGGCAUGGGUCUCUCGGCGUUGAUUGCGCCGUCGUGCCACUCGGACACGUCGAUCGCUGUCGUUGAAACCUACUGUCUGCAGCAGCCAGCGUGCAACCUCCGCGCCCACAACGACGACUUUGGCGACCCGUGCUUUGGUGUCGGCAAGAGGUUAACUGUCACGGCCGAGUGCGGACUCGCGACGCAGACGAUCGAACCGGACGCUGGCGCGGUGGUCCUCGCGCAAAACGCCUCGGAGAACCGCGCGAUCUCGCUUGCUUGCGACGCGCCGCUCGUCAUCGCGAGAAUCCUCUUUGCCUCGUACGGCACGCCCACCAACGUCGGUCUCUACGCCGCCAAGGGCAAGUGCGAUGCGGCCAACUCGACGGACGUAGUGUCGACAGCGUGUCUCAGCAAGGCAGGAUGCACUGUCAGCGCGACCAGCAGCCUCUUUGGGAAUCCGUGCCCGAAAUUUGACAAGCAGCUCACGGUCACGGCCGAGUGCGCCGCAUCGGUCAUCUCACCAACUGCCGCUCCAUACACGAGCGGUGGCAGUGCGCAGGGCGGUGGCAAUACGUCUCCGACAACCAGUGCCACGCCGAUGAUCAUUGGCGUCGUAUGUGGCAUUAUCGUCCUUGUCCUGUGCUGCGUCGCAGGAGGCAUUGCCUGGCGACGGCGCUCGAAGCCAAGGCCCGCAAGUCCGAUAUACCACAGCCUCGAGAGCACGACCAACCGCAGUGAGCCCAAGCCCUACACGCUCAUCAGCAACGACACGACGGGUCCGUCCAACCCGACGACUGGGCCACAAGAUCAGGGCCCCGUCGUUCGUCCUUUUGAUGGUGGCCGGCGCCACAUUUACCCGUCGUCGUUCAUCAACCUCAAUGUCCAGCCGCUCUUGUACCACCGCCUCGUGCUCGAGGACCUCCGCGUGACGAGCAAGAAGCCGCUGGCCUCCGGCGCAUACGGCGAAGUCUGGCUCGGCGUCUACGGUGGCCAGCAAGUCGCGAUCAAGCGACUCAAACAGAGGGACCCGCGCUCCGUCCAAAAGUUCAUUGAGGAAAUCGUCCUCAUGUCCCAGUACACUCGAUAG